UUGACAAUUCAAAAGUAGCAUUGAAGACGCAUAGACAUCUGAUAUCCGACAAUUGACAAUUUUAUCAAUCAAUUAAACCAAUUCGAAAAUAUUACCCGUCUUUUGGCAAGUGAAAGCAAAUGUUUAAUAUUUCACAUUUGAUAUGCACACUGACAAUACACGUAGUUUAUAAAUGAUAUGUACAAAAGAUAUACCCAAUUCAUUGCAAUUAAUCCAGACGUAAUACUCAUACUUAAUGAUGAGGAAUCCCGUUUUACAGUGUAUUUAGCAGAUACGGUGAUCUGGAUGUUACGACGGGUUGUCUAGAACAAAUUUCAAUAACUUACUACUCGUCAGCGUCUAUCCAAAGCCGCCUAGACGCCUUUUCGUUUACUGGGUAGUUGUCAAAUGACAUAUUGCAUAUAGACAUCUCCCAAUCAAAUCAUCCGGAAUUUAGUUCCGAUAUCUUUCUGAUUGCUAUAAGAAUUCCAGUUCAUGUGCAACAACCAAAUUUUUCAUUAUAUUUUAGAAAAUAGCAAAAGUUUUCCACCUUACCAACUUACAGGAAAAAUAUUCUGACAACGCUGCGGGGAUGGCAGGUUUCACAGAUUUUCAAAAUGCCGCACAGAUUUCCACAGCUUUCUGUUUUAAUGCACAGAUUUCCAGUUUUUUGUUGUGCACGAAUUUCUCAAUUUUUUACCUGACACUCAAUUUUUGCCUCGCGCAAAAUAAAGUCGUCACUUCUUGUUUUGUAACAAAUUUGUCCAUUUUCUUUAUCAUAGAUUUGCACAGAUUUGUACAUAGGCCGCGCUCAGAUUUUACAAAAUAUUUCCUGGCAUCCCUGUAAUGCCACGCGCGGCGUGUGAUGCGCCAUUUUGCUUCAUUCUUUCUUCCAUUGAGUAAGUAAUUUUUUCUAUUGAUCGAUUUUAACAUUUACAAAAGAAAAAAUGGGAGGAAAAUAUAUUCCGGUCGCGACAAAAAAGCUUCGUGUAGCAGCCAACAGUAAGAAUUUGGAAUUCUUGACAAAUCCGGUGCAGGUAAGUGAAACAAAAUGUUUCCAAAAUAUCACAAUCUUACUCUCAUACCUUACUCUGAAUUCGCAGGUGAAAGAGAAAAACACACUACCAAUUAAAACGGAAAUGAAGGAUCAAACGAAGGAACGAAAUAGGAGCAGCCGUCUGCUAAAAAAUUCAGUAAGAGGACCGAAUAAAGCGAUCGAUUCAAAAUACCUCGAAGAUUCCACUGAUGGUGAGUUAAUGAUGCCAAUAAACACUCCGCGAAAGACCAAGAGCCAAUCAGUGAACACCCGUUUGUCGAAAAGGAAUAAUCAAAAGUCAGCGGCAUCGCCUGGUCCGAAAAACUACUCCAUUUCAGGUCCUGCAUAUUCCGAUGAGGCUAAAUCAUCCGUGCUGGGCUCCCUCGAACUGUACAAGGUCAGUCCGUCAAAAGACAAUAAUGUAUUGGAUGUACAGAUGGAGUUUUUCCAGGACUGGGAGGAACCUGAAUGGUUAGACUGCAGUAAACCAGGACCAUCGAGUAAUUCUGCACGCAUGUCGAUCUUCGAGCAGAUCGAAGGUACUGGGAAGCAAGAGAUGGCUGCUGGUCGUAACACCAGUAAUAAAGUUAAGCGAACAUAUUUGGCUAAGCGAGUGGGAAAGGAAAACACAAUGGGAAAUGAUGUUUUAGACGGGAUCCUAUCUCAGGAUGAAUGUGGUGAAAACCGUGACACACCAACUGCGGAAAUUAAUGAGUGCACAUGUGGACAACAAUCGGCUAUCGAGCAGUUGCAGAGUGAUAAUUCCGCGAUGAAAAAACAAAUUCAGCGACUCAAGCAAGCGUUGCGCGAGGCAACAAACAGAUGUUUUAAAUUAACGGAUACAUUGAACUCUAAGGUGUUUGGGGACCCUCAUAAAGAGAUUUUUACUGAGGUAGAAGGAUACCCGAGUCGCGAGCAACUCAUUGCCUUCUCUGAUCAAGGAAUUAAAAGCGAUUACACAUUUGUUCGGCUAUUGAUGGAAGAAUUGUGGCCAAACGGCUACGUGAACCGAUCGGUAAGUGGAAGAUCUUCUAACAAUCCACUUGGAAGACCACGACGUGUGGCGGUAAAUAAUCCUUCGGUCGAACUACCAACUAACACUGUAAAACGUGUUCCACUGGAACCGGAAAAAGUGAAAUAUAUACGAGAUCGUUUGUUGGAACACCGCAUUUAUCGGGGAGACUCACCGGCUGCAGCAAAUAUUUGGGCCGACGAAUCUUCAAGCAUCAUGAGACGAAUCCUGGCAUAUUAUGGAAAGAAAUGAAAUGACUCAAACCAAACGUAAAAUACUGGAGAUUAGAACGUUAAAGAAACAGCAGUUGAACUACAUAUGUUUUGUAUAUCGCAAAAUCAUGGAUUAAUUCGUAAGAAAUGAAAACCAAACCAAAGAGAAAAUAAAUUAAUUCAAAUGAAUAA